AUGAAAACACAACGACAAGAACAGAGGGAACACCAUUACAGAAAACACAAUUACAAGAACAAAGGGAACACCAUUACAGAACACACAACAACAAGAACGGAGGGAACACCAUUACAGAAAACACAACAAGAACAGAGGGAACACCAUUACAGAAAACACAAUUACAAGAACAGAGGGAACACCAUUACAGAACACACAACGACAAGAACAGAGGGAACACCAUUACAGAACACACAACAACAAGAACAGAGGGAACAUCAUUACAGAAAAACACAACAAGAACAGAGGGAACACCAUUACAGAACACACAACGACAAGAACAGAGGGAACACCAUUACAGAACACACAACAACAAGAACACAGGGAAAACCAUUACAGAAAACUAAACGACAAGAACACAGGGAACAUCAUUACAGAAAAGUAAAUGAACAAGAACAGAGGGAACACCAUUACAGAACACACAACAAGAACAGACGGAACACCAUUACAGAACACACAACAACAAGAACAGACGGAACACCAUUACAGAACACACAACAACAAGAACAGAGGGACCACCAUUACAGAAAACUAAACGACAAGAACACAGGGAACACCAUUACAGAAAAAACACAACAAGAACAGAGGGAACACCAUUACAGAAAACUAAACGACAAGAACAGAGGGAACACCAUUACAGAAACACAACAACAAAAACAGAGGGAACACCAUUACAGAACACACAAUUACAAGAACAGAGGGAACACCAUUACAGAACACACAAAAACAAGAACAGAGGAAACACCAUUACAGAACACACAACGACAAAGAACAAAGGGAACACCAUUACAGAAAACACAAUAA